UUCCACACGGAAUUCUCCUGAAUUGCCAUUCAGAAGAGCAGUUGUCCAAGAAAUAUGCUGCUAAUGUUGAUUUCUUACAUUGUGACAUAAUGAGAAUGGCCGCAAACAUUCAGAUCAGCUUGAGAUACCCAUUCCCCCCCCCCCCCCCCCCCCAAUCCUAUUUAUUGAAUAUUAGUUAUCGUGGAAUUAUCGUCUAAUACCGAUAAAGCGUUAAAAUGCCAAUAUCAGCAGAUCAUUUCGGCGACGCAGUAUAUCGGUCAGCUUCUAAUUGAAACCUCACCACCACAGACUUUUUUCUUCUUUUUUUUUAACAUGCAAAAUGUGUGAGUUGCUGCAUGGAAGAGUUCAGUAUUAUUGUUUUCCGUUGUUUCUCGGAUAUGCAUUUUAUUUAGUUGGGAUGACUUGAGCUCGAGUACUAGGCUACAUUGUAAAUUACCCCUGGGUGAAGUGGCUAACUUAAGCAUUCUACGUCUUUUAUCUGUAUCAUGAUUACGGUCAAUGUUACGCAACAACUUGAAUGCUAAAUUAUAUUAUUUGGUUUGUUUAACAAUUAAAAAUACUUGAAAUAUGAACCCCCCCCCAACAACAACAACAAACCUCCAGCUCUUAAUGUAACUUUUAGAAGAGGCGGAGCAUCAGACUGGUUGCCUCCCACAGUGGACCAAUGUUCCAGCCAUAGAUAUGGGAUUUCCGAAACUAGCUGAGCGUUGUUCCGUAGCACAUGCACAGAAGUUAUGGGGUUUUAGCUAUUGGGGAGAUGUGUCCAGAACAGAAUAAAACGUGCUCCCUUGCCACAUUGAAAAGGGUUAGAUUAAUACCAGGUGAUCAUUCUGAGAAGACAAUUAUCUCUGGUUGUAAUGAAAAGAAACUUCAGCACGCUGAUGAUCUUAAUGCGACACAGAUGAAGGAUUUUACACCAAUUUGACCCUUCAUCAGAAUUUAUUUUCUGGUUGUGAGUCAAUGUUGAUUUCUUACAUUGUGACAAGAAUGACAUGAGAAUGGCCACAAGCCGUUCAGAUCAGCUAUUUAUUGAAUAUCAGUUAUUGGUGGAAUUAUCGACCGAUAUAGGGUUAAAAAUGCUGAUAUAGGCCGAUUGUCGGUGAUGCGAUGUAUUGGUCAGGUUCUAAUUGAAACUUCUGAAAGACCUCAUAUCAUGGGGAUUAAGAGACUUUGUAUUUGAGCCGAACACUGCACCUUGCCAUCAAUAACCUGCAGUAUACUGCGUUUGCACUAGACUAUAUGCACUGUAUAUAUUUGUUAAGGCAGCAUCCUUUCCUCUGCAUAUCCCCUCUAUAAAUUGUAUCUACUCCAGAAUGUUAUGUUUACUGUAAGUAUGUUGACUGUGUCUGUAUUCUGUUAGUACACUGUCUAUUGCUGGCAGCGCCUACUCACCAAGUCAAUGUACUGUACUUGACGAAUAGGGAUUCUGAUGCCCUCUGCUGGCCAGACACUGAUUUUAUGGAUCACUCACAGAUCCAGGCCAAAAGCCAAGUUUCGAAUUCAGUGGAAGCCACACCUACUGCUCAGAACAAACCAUUAAUCCGGGAAACAAGCAUCUCUCUCUGACUCUGCUGCUCAGUCUGAUAGGGUGUGUUUCACCAUGGCAGAAGCUGUUUUUGAUAAGGAUUUGAUGACCUGUUCAAUCUGUCUGGAUCCACUGAAGGAUCCAGUGACUACUGCCUGUGGACACAGUUACUGUAUGGGCUGCAUUAAAGAAAGCUGGGAUCAGGAUGAUGGGAAAGGUGUCUACAGCUGUCCCCAGUGCAGGCAGACCUUCACCCCAAGGCCUGUUCUGGGGAAAAAUACUCUACUGAACGAAUUGGUGGAGAAACUGAAGAUGACAGGACAAGCUGCUCCUCCUGCUUACUGUUAUGCUGGACCUUUAGAUGUGGGGUGUGACAUCUGCGCUGGGAGAAAACUCAAAGCUGUCAAGUCCUGUCUGCUGUGUCUUGCCUCUUACUGUGCGACUCACCUAAAACUUCACAAUGACCUCAACCAAGGAAAAAAACACAAGUUGAUUGAUGCUACUAGACUACAGGAGAAGAUUUGCACUCGCCAUGACAAACUGCUGGAGGUUUACUGUCGUACCGAUCAGCAAUGUAUCUGUCUGCUGUGUGUGAUUGAUGAUCAUAAAGGCCAUGAUAUAGUCGCCGCUGCAGAAGAAAGGACUGAAAAACAGAAGCAGUUGGGGGGAAAUAAUCUGAAAUCCCAGCAGAGAAUCCAGAAGAGAGAGAAGGAGAUGCAGGAGCUGAGACGGGCUGUGGACUCUCUGAAGCGCUCUGCACAAGCGGAAUUGUUUGACAGCGAGAGGACCUUGACUGAGCUCAUCCACUCCGUUGAGAAAAGGCGCUCUGAGGUGAAGGAGCUGAUCAGUGCCUAAGAGAAGGCUCAAGUGAGUCGAGCUAAAAGGCAUCUGAAGCAACUGGAGCAAGAGGUCGCUGAACUGAGGAGGAGAGAUGCUGAGCUAAAGCACCUGUCACACACAGAAGAUCACAUCCAUUUCCUCCAGCAUUUCCAGUCUCUCUGUGUCCCUCUUGGAUCUGAGGGCACACCCAGCAUCAUUGUCACCUUUGAGCACGUGAAGAAAUUUGUCACUGAACUGAAAGAGCGACUACAAGACAUCUGCAAGGAGGAAAUGGACAGAAUAUACGGGAAAGUGACUAAAGUUCCAAACAUUCGCCCUUCUGAGCCCAAGACCAGAGAGGAGUUCUUAGAAUACUGCUGCCCGCUGACAUUGGAUCCCAACACAGCAAAUAAACUCCUGUGUCUGUCUGAGGGGAACAGAAAGGUGACCAGGAGUCAUAAGAUCCAGACCUAUCUCAACCAUGAACAUAGAUUUAACCACUGGAAACAGGUGUUGUGUAAAGAGGGUGUCUGGAGUGUGUCUGAACCCUGCUACUGGGAGGUAGAGUGGACCGGGGUGGAGGUUGAUGUAGCCGUCUCAUAUAAAGGGAUCAGCAGGAGAGGAAGUGGUCAUGAGUGUUGGUUUGGUGCUAAUGACCAGUCCUGGAGGUUGUACUGCUCUGCAACUAGAUGCUGUUUCUACCAUAAUGGUAGAGAGACUUCUAUCCCCGCCAUCCGCUCAGACUCCAGAGUCGGAGUGUACCUGGACCACGGGGCAGGAAUUCUGUCCUUUUACAGCGUGACUGUCUCAGACACCAUGACCCUCCUCCACGGAGUCAAGACCACGUUCACUCGGCCCCUCUACCCUGGGUUUGGGGUUGGUUCAUCUGUGAGGAUACUGACACCAUUUUUGAGUAGUAACUAACUUAAUAUGUACGGUGUCAAAUAUGAACCUAGAUUACAGUACUUCCCUAUGGAACUACUGUGCAAAUAGAAAACUAUCAGGAACACAUUGUAAAGUGGGAUGGUUAUUUGUGUACUUUUUGGAAACUUUUAAAAAGCUGCGUUGAUUGUCAUCAAGCAUACUCUCUGUGUGUACAGCGAACAAUAAGUUCAGCUGCUGUUCAACAUAUUCAAUGCCAACCAUAAGACAAUGUUUUUAGACUUUGCGAUGUAAGUAGGGUAGUAUAUUGGUCACUUUGUACUUUUCUAACCAUAACUAGCCAUAACUCUGCCUUACCAUAUAGUAAUGUAUGUAUACUAUGCACUACUCUACUAUAUUAGUUCAUUAAAAGUGAGAGUGAUUUGUU